AUGCACACCGAUGGUCUCCACGACGCCAAAGUGCCCCCUUCGCUUCCGCCAUGGAAUCUGGAGUUUCGCUCCUCAAAGCGAUUUGUGAUCUCGGUUGUGUCGAUCGCGGUUUUUACGGAUGUUUUUAUCUAUGGCAUGAUCGUUCCCAUCCUUCCGGUGGUCUUGCAAACCCGCGUGAUCGUGCCGGACGAUGAAUUGCAACAAUGGAUGUCGAUAUUGCUGGCUGCAUUUGGAGGCGCUUUAUUUGUUGGAUCUCCUAUCUUCGGUUACUUCGCUGAUAGAAGCACCUCGCGCCAAGGGCCGUUCAUUGUCGGCCUGUUGGCGUUGGGUGGCUCGACCGUGAUGUUUUGGGUCGCCUCGACGCUGACAGCCUUGGUUAUCGCGCGGGCCCUGCAGGGUCUUUCCGCGGCGGUGGUGUGGACGGUGGGCAUGGCGCUUGUUGUGGACACCGUGGGAAAGGAUCAGGUUGGUGCGGCCAUGGGAUAUGUCUCCAUGGCGAUGACGGUGGGAACGGUGUUUGGGCCGUUCAUUGGUGGUAUUAUGCUAUCCCGAUUGGGAUACCAUGCCGUGUUUGUCAUGGCCAUCGCACUGGUUGUUCUGGACAUUCUCCUCCGUCUGGUCAUGAUAGAGCAGAAAACGGCGUCGAAGUGGAUUCAGCCAAGUGUCGACGAGACAGAAAGUUUGCUGGAUACAGCACACCGGGAUGGCAGUGUCCACUAUGGUGCUGCAAGGUCAGUUCCAUCGGAUCCGUCAUUCGAAAAUUCCACGCAAUUGCCUGAAGAUGGCAAUGGAGAAUCUGCAUCGAGUGGCCGGACAUCUUCCGUGCCCGUGAUGGUACGUCUGAUUUGCUCGCGGAGAGUUCUCGUCGCCCUCGGAGCGACUGUUGUUGAGGCCAUGAUGUAUUCUUCCUUUGACACAGUUCUUCCAUUAUACGUCAUGAGAACAUUCAAAUGGGGACCGAUGUUGAUAGGCUUCUGUUUUUUGCCCUUAUUUGCCCCAUCCUUCUCCUCGCCUCAAGUCGGCGCUGCCGUCGACCGCUGCGGACCUCGACUCAUUGCCUUUCUAGGCUUCUCCCUCGGCUGCCCAGUCUUUCUGCUCCUCCACCUCAUCACCGAAAACACGACCCACGACCAGAUCCUCCUCUACGUCUUCCUAUUCAUCGCCGGCGUCGCCACAACCAUGCAAAUGGUCGCCCUAAUGACAGAAGUCGAUCAUUUCGUCGAAGGCCAGGAGAAAGCGCACCCAGGGAUCUUCGGAAAGCAAGGCGCGAUGGCCCAGGCGUACGGGUUGUUCAACGUUGCUUGGUCUGGAGGCCAGGUGCUGGGGCCUCUGAUUGCCGGUAUACUCAUGGAUGUGGGCGGGUGGUCUACGAUGACGUGCGCUUUUAGUAUCAUGAGUGGUGCCACGGCUGUGGUGAUUGCCCUCACGGAUCGGACGAUUCUGCAGGCUUUGGGACUGGUGGGGAAUACCUAG